UUGGAUGAUGUUUGCGGUUGUCGCAGUUCUGUCUUCAUUUGUUGCCAUUGACGGGAGCCCAGACAAGCAAUUGUUAAAUGCUUACGCAGCACAAAAUUUGACACAAAAUUGAAAACGAAAGUAUAAUCGCUUCAUUUGGUCAAUUUAAAAAAAAAAUAAUAAUAAUAAAAAGUAUUGGGCGCAAUUGAUGGGCAUGCUAUUGAAUAACGGUAACAUAUUAAGUAAUAUUCCGAGCGAUGUGGUAUAAAAACGCCGAGCGGCGCCCUUUAAAAGUGCAGUUCGCUGACAAUUUGUGAGCACAAACAGACGGGGAAAUCACAAACAAAAAUAUGAAGUUUAAGUUGCUGCUGCUCGCCUUGACGCUGGUCGGGACUGUACAUGCGGAGUACGAUUAUCACAGCAACAAUAACAACAACAACAAUAACAACAACAAUAAUAAUAAUAUUGUGAAACCAGCUGUGAUCUCAAAUGAGAUUAACUCCCUGGAGCAGCACGCAUCCAGUUCGGGCGAAGAUUAUCACAACAACUAUCAGACGACCCACACAAAUGUCCAAAACUCACAGGCCACGCCCAAUGGCUACGAUUACAGCGCCCAGCUGGUUGAUUCCGAUUCGAAGGUUUUGGAUGCCGUGACCAAUGCUGCCAGUGGCUCGACUUCACUUUUCCCGCUGCCAUUGCCUCUGCUGCGCGAGCAACGCCAGCCGGAAGUCUUUCCGCCAGCAAGCUAUAGCUUUGACUAUGCGGUGAACGACGAGAGCACCGGCGACAUCAAGGAUCACCGCGAGACGCGUGAUGGCUAUGUGGUGCGUGGCUCCUACAGCCUCAUCGAUCCCGAUGGCUACAAGCGCACCGUUACCUACACGGCCGACGAUGUCCACGGCUUCAAUGCGGUCGUUAAUCGGGUGCCCUAUGCCCUGAAGAAGCUGGCGGUAGCUGCACCCGCUUUGGUGCUGGACGAGCGCUCGCCGGCAGCCAAGGUGUCGAACUCCGUGAAGAGUUUGGAGACCACGUCGAAUUCGGUUUCUGGUGACAGCUAUGUGAAUGCGGCGAAUGAACGUCAAACAAAUGGCGGACUCUAUGCCUGAAUGAGCUCAUGUUCUGUCUGCUAAUAUUUUACAUAUUUCUAGUUUUAUAAAUUUUAAAUUAUAACUGCACUAAAUGCGAGAGAAAAAGAUAA